AGUCUCCAGCAGGAUGUCCCGGUGGCUGAUUCAAGCCUGGAUGCUGCCACUCUUGUUGCUCCCUUUGGGUCAAGCUGCUCCCAAGGAUGGAGUUGGAAGGCUGGACCCUGAGGUACAACAGCAGCUCACGUCCAACCCCUUCCAGCCAGGCCCUGAGCAGCUUCGACGUCUGCAGAAUUAUCUCAAAGGACUAGAGAAGAUGGAAGAGGACCCUGAGCACAUGAGCCGGGAGCAAGUUCUGCUCUCACUCUUUGCUCUUCACGACUAUGACCAGAAUGGACAGCUGGACGGCCUGGAGCUGUUGUCCAUGCUGACAGCAGCUCUGGCCCCUGAAGCUGUACACUUUCCCAUCAACCCGGUGAUCCUGGUAGUAGACACGGUGCUUGAGACUCAGGACCUGGAUGGAGACGGGCUCAUGACUCCUGCAGAGCUCAUCAACUUCCCAGGAGAAGCCCCCAAGCACGCAGAGUCCCUUCCCCCAGCUCUCCAGGAGCCACAGCCUGCUGGAAGUCAGCCGCUUUUAGCCAACAGUCCAUUGCAGUCAGAAACUCAGCAAUCCCUGGGGAUUGCUAAAGAAGAAAUUAGGGACCAGGUAGAGGCCAAAAGGGCAUCCUUGGAACCUGAGCAGGAGGCUGGAAGUCAGAUAGAGGCUAAAGUAGAUACCCUAAGCCCUGAAGGAGAGGCUAGGGCUCAGGCAGAGUCUGAAGGGGAUGUCCCAGGCCCCAGAGAGGGUGCUGAGGGACAGGUGGAGAGCAAGGACAAUGAUGGAGAAGCCAAACCCCUGCCUGUGGAAACACUGGAGACCCUAAACACUCCGAAUGAGGUGGAGACUCAUAGCAUACAACUGGAGAACGACGAGAUAUGAGCCAGAUGGCGAAGGCUCAAGCCCCUCAGAAUCUCAGUGCAGAGCAGAAGCAUGAAGUGUGAAAUGGUGGGAUUAGAGCCACCUCUGACAUGAGGACGGUGGUGCAAGCUAGCAAUCCCAGAGUCAUUGAGAGCUCUGGGCUAGCCUAGGCCACAUAGCAAGUUUGAAGCCAGGCUGGGCUACUUCGUAAGACCCUGUCUUGGUGAGGGGGGAAAAAAGCACUCCCACGUCUCCUUUCUGGCUUCAGUAGGAAGCAGGACUUUCUGUGCUGCUCAGGGAGACCAUAAGCUCAGCUUAGCAGCAGCUUUGCUGAGCUGCUUAGCCCCAAACAACCAAUAAAGAACAGAAUGACUUCAUCUCCAUAA